AGAGGGCUUUCCAACUCCCUGGCCAAAAUCGCUUUGCGGACUGGCGCGGUGGGCAGGCGAACAAGGGGGGUAACUGUGCGCCAAUCCUGUUGCCAGGGGCAACCCACGAGACUUGGUUUCCGUGUCCGAGAGCGCUGGCGUGGGGCGAUUUCAAUGUCGGGGAAAUACGGGCUUGCUUCUAUGGCUUCUUUCUGAACAUUGUCUUUGGAGUUCAAGAACCCAUAGAAAGGAAAAGAGUAGCACAGAUCACAGACUAGCAAAAUGUCUCAAGUGGGCGUGUUCUCGAGACCCGCCAGUCAGAUGAAAGUGGGCGUGUCUCUUCCAGAGAUAAAGCAUCCCUUAGCGCAGAUGGGUAAUCCGGGCACUAUGGAUGUUCGAGGUGUGUCCAGAGCUAGCAACGGAAGGCCUUUCUCCAACCCUCCCAUGUCCGGCAGACCGAUGGCUGCUGAGGGAAACAUGGCCCGGAAGAGCUUUAGCGCAACGGGCCGUGAAAGCAAGGCAAGUGCCCGCAACAAGGAGAACAUGAUGGGGAACCCCAUCCCUAUAGAGAGCAUCCCAGAGGGUGUGGAAGUGACGUAUGGUGACCCUGCAGCCACCAGACUGCCUGUAUUCGCUGGAGGCGAGCCUCAAGGAAAAGCUCCGAAACAACUACUAUGACGUCAGGAAAAAGUUUAAGGACAAUGACCCUGAAGGCAGGGGAAAUGUAUCCAGGGAAGCCUUCACCCGUAUUCUGGUCACCGUCCUGGGCCGUUCUAUUUCCGGCAACACUUGCCAGAGAUUGAUGGAGAGACUCAACUUCGCGGAGAGACAGGUCAUCCCCUUCACCGAGUUCUUCUCUUACUUCAGAGAAGCCCAGGAGUCGACGUACCCUCAGUGGAUGGACCCAGUCCACCGCGCGAACCAGGACCGUGUCAUCAUGAGCAGUGGACAGGUGCACGCCAACCUGCGCGAGAAGGCUAAGCAGAGGUUCUUGGACCUGGCGGACAUGAUCCCACAGAUGAACCCUGGCGGCUCCGGGCGCAUCAUGAAGUCAGAGUUCCGGCAGAUGCUCAACAGGAUGAACUUUUACAUGGACGAUACCGAGUUUGAGAAACUUUGGCACAGAUACGACCCGGCCAACGAAGGAAUCAUCAACGGUCAACGUCUGCUGAACAACCUGGGCAUUGAGUGGCGGGGCGGGUCCCGGGACAUGCCCAGCCAAGUGAGUCCGUUCCAGGAUCAGCCACAGCCACAAGGUCGCGUUACCGUGGCAACCAACGGUCCUGGUAAGGGCAGCGUCCGAUUGACCCCCAUUGAGGAUGAAAUCGCGAAGACAGAACGAAGUGAGCGAAGAACUCCCAGGAAGAAGGAGGUGGAGCGACGUCAACAGCUGGACAUAGAGAGAUGGCUCAAGAACAAGUUCCGCGAGGGAUUCUUCAACAUGAGGGAGGCUUUUGAGGACAAGGACCCGAGCAGGAGCGGUGUGGAAGAUCGACCACCUGGGCACUGACGCGGUGAGCCAGGAGGAGUUCCGUGCAGCUAUUGAGUCUCGUUUCAACAUGGACUUGACCGAUGGUCAGUUCCAUGCCUUCAUAGACCGCGUGCCCUUGGAUGAGGACGGCAAUGUGCUGUACGCCAGGUUCAUGCAGCAGUUUGAUGCUGGCGUCACUUUGGCUUCUCCAUGCGCUCUGCGGCGUUCCCGAACGCCAAGCUCCACCCACCACGACGCGGUGAUGCCGACUUCAUGAUCCGCUCCCGUAAACUCAACUGUGCCGCCGACAUGUUGCAGGAUAAUCUACGGGCAAAGGUGGACUACCUGUGGGACGACCUCCGCCGGGAGUUUGUGAACAUGGACCUGUACAACACUGGCUACGUGACUAAUGAGGAGUUCAGAGAGGUUCUCACCGAGCUCUGUGUUAACCUGAGCAAUGUGGAGCUGGAGCAACUUAUCAACAAAUUUGAGGUCAAGAAAGAUGGCAGCUGGCAGGUGACUGGAAGAACUUGCGACGUGCAUUCCGGAAGUUGGACGUGACCGGAACUGGCUAUCUGUCUCUCCCAGAAUUCCGCUCUGUCCUCAAACUGGCCAACGUGAUCCUGGACGAGGACGAAGUGUACCACGUGAUGACCGAGUUUGACCGUGACCUCACCGGCAAAAUCAGUUACGAGAAGUUCAUCGAAGAAACGUUCAAACCCGAAACAAGACAAAGUACUAGGGGAAAGUAAUUGUUUGUCUUAGGAAAGAAGAGAUUAAGGUAUAUGCCUCUGUAAAUUGUAAGGAGUUGAUAAUAACAAUAUAGGUAGACGGAAUCGAGGAGGUCCAAAAACUAGUAUCAUGUUCAAUUUAGGGGGAGUGAUUGGUUUACUUUUGUAUAACUUAUUCUCUUCAAAGCAUUAUUUACAAAUGCAUGUGCUUGCUAUGCAUUUAUUGACAGUAUUGUAAGAAAAUGAAAUGAAGACCUCAGGGGGGAAACGGCAUAAGUCACAAGAAGAAAACAUUGAGGACUACUGCCUUUUUUUCAGGUGGCCAUAUUGACUGCUUCCAUUCUCUCCAUGUACGGCUGUUUUAAAUGUGUCGCUAUGAAGUGACUACGCCCGUUCCAGAAAAAAAAACAAUAUGGGUAGACAAAAUUGUUCGAGCCAAACAAUUGAUCAAAGCAAACAAAGGCAAACAUGUAAUUUUUUUACUGAUGCCAUUUUCUUCUGUAUUUUCCAAUGUAAUCUCACAUUUGUGCAGUUUCUGCAAAAAGUAAUCUAGUAUAAUGAUUAUGACCUGUCAUUGAGUAGGCUGAAAGACGUUUUUGGACUGGAACUUCCUGCUUGGAUCGGAACAUCCUUUUAUUAUUCUGUGACGGUUGGCGACCAAGAAAUGGCGGGUUUGUAUGUUGCCAACAAGCCGUCUCUGUUUUUAGAUUUGUUGUUUAUCUGGCAAAUUUUGCUAUCAUAUACACCAACGUCGUUUGAAUUUGAAGUAAUAUCUGUUCAGAAUAGAUUGUAUCCACUAUAAUAACGUCCAUCAUUGACUACUUUUUAACUCAACAAUGAGAUGUUUAUUUGUAUACACACGUACCUUGAUGGUUUUCAUACCGUUGUUUUGUUUUUCUAUUAUUUCUCGUUUGUGUAUGAUAGUGAUGAAAGAUAAGCUCAUGGUGAUGAUGUAUCGACAGUAUUACAAUGCGUUGCAUAAUGUACAAUAUUUAUAAUUAGAUUUAUUUUGUAUACAUUCCAAAUAAUCUGUGGCUUUUACAGACUGCAGAUGUGAUAUUUUAUUUUUCUAAUCAAUAUAUUUUCUGGCAUAGCUUGCCGAUGUAUACUUCAGUUUGGAAUGUUAAAAAUAGACUUUGCAAAUAGACAUUUGUCAUUCUGGAGUCCUAUGUAGCCGAAUGACUUAUCCUGUGUUUUAAUUCCAUUUUUGCUGGUUUUCUACUUUCGUCAUCGUAUAUCACACUAGGCUGUAAAAUAUGAGCUUGUCUAGGUAAAAAGUGGCUUGAUUGCUUGCGUCAGAGCUUAAAGUAUUUUGUGCCCUGUUCAGAAAGUACGGAUAUAUGCCCUGUGACAUUGAAACCUUCACGAGCUGACAUGUUCUGCUGGCAACAGAUGAACACUCGGCUGUGCUUUAUAGGGAUGCCUCCCAAAUAUUCGCGUUUGUAAAGUUGCCAAUACGGCUAUUUGCAUUUGGGCUAUGACUUUAAGUUGCAGAGACUUGUUUCGUUUUUGUUUUUAUGUUUUUCCCUCUCAAAAUGCACUUUUCGAGGCUAUUGAUUUAGCUCAGCAUACAUUUUGUAUCAUUCUGCGACGUUUUUAUUUCCUAGACACGGUACCACUAGAAAAUAUGCCGUGUUGUUCCCCUAUAAUUACGAACCCACUGGAUAGACUGCUGAUUUGUUCCUCAAGUACAUAUUCCAGCGUUGCUGUCUUUUACGCGUGAAUAGGUUUUGGAAAUAUUCAUUUCGUGAACUGUGCAACAUAUUAUUUAUGGCUUCCAAGUCAAACACAGGCUGACUUACAAAAAGGCACAAUUGUCAUGUGGCUUACUCUAUGUUGUUCCAAUCGACAUGUGAUUUGGUUUCCUUGUCGGGAAAUAGGAAAGGGGGGGGGGUGCUGUUUAUUCGGUUAAUAUCAUAAGCUUCAGCUUUAAGAGAGACCCUGGCAAAUUCUCCAGCAAAGAGAACUUGAAAUUGAGGAGUUUUCAUAGCACAGAGAGAGAUGUUACGUCAGAGGUCAGUUUCUGCAUUCAAUAACGCCUUUAAUCAACCAUCACUACACGUUGUCUCUGUGACCUAAAAAAAUCCUCUAUAACAGUCAUGAGACAGAGCGACAUACCUCUGUAUGCUGGUCUGUGCUGAAACAGAAACACAAAACCUGCAUGAAUAGUCAUGAGGCAUGUCUCAUAUAGCUACAGCUGUGAUAAUGAUUAUUGUAAUUGCUAUUUUCGUUCUUUAUUAUUUUCAUUUUGUGGAAUUUUACUUUGGUCUUACUUCUAUUUUGACCUCUUCAUGUGUCCAUUUAUAUCAAAUGUAAAUCAAUAAUCUGUCUUUUAUACUGAAUUUAUAUACUGUACUAAAUGCACUUUCAUUCUCCAUUUUCAACUUUGAACGUUGUUGAAUUUUUCUUUGAAGACUCUAAAACAUAAUUUUAAUCUACUGUAUAUAAAUAUGUCGCGUUCGUAUUGGGAUAGCAAGAGUUGAUAAAGUGUUUGCCUUUUUGUUGUCAAGUAAAAGGUUGGUAUCAAAUUUAUAUUUCUUAAAUGCUCUACUGUGCGAUGGUGGGAAGGGAACUUUAUCAAUCAUUUUUCUUCUUCUGAAUCAGCUGUGAAACUUGAAUAUUUUUUGUGUUUGUUUUAACCAAAAGGUUUGAUAUCUGACUCGACUCGAUGACACUGAUUGAAGCAUUGCGCCAGACAAUGGAAAAAAAAGAUCUACAAACAUAACUAUGCGUGAAAGCCGUCCAUUUGAGAAUAAAAGCACCAUGUCGUGUUACAACG